GAAAAUCACCUGGUUGUGCGUGACGUGACUACGCGCCCAUCGCGAAUGGCCUACGUUGGACUUUGUUUCCGCGUAUAGCGGCUUGAUAACGAUCUGUUCACUUCUCGUCGUUAAAAUCUAGAUAGCUUGCACGGUACGACGGAAUUUCCCGCAUACUCACCACGGAAAACGUGCAUCCCGAUUAAAUCGAAAUUUCUCGUAUGCAGUGAUAUUUUAUUAGGACUGCAGGUUGUUUUAUAAUUUUGAAACAUUCAUAUUCUUAUUUGACAUUGAUGGAGAUAUGAGGACAAUGUCAUACGAGCUUGUUACACAAGGGGAUCAAUUUUAUAAAACCAAUGACAUAUUAAAGAGAUGAUGAAUACCUUUGAUAUAGCGGAAAAAAUGAUUAACGACGGAAGUGUAUCGACAUCUUUGUCGUUAAGCACAAAUCAAUAUGCAGGGACAGGGGACGAGCCGACUGAUAACUUGUAUCUUGCACUGAUACAAUGCUUUGGUAUUCUACUAUGCGGGUAUAUAGCAGGAAGAUUUGGUGUGAUAACAAAGACGGAGGCAAAUGGCCUGAACACUUUUGUCGGCACCUUUGCUUUGCCGUCUUUAAUCUUUAUGUCUCUGGCGAAGCUCGACUUUUCGCUGGUUAAUUGGAAAUUCCUUCUUACCGUAUUGCUUGCCAAGAGCUGCGUCUUUAUCACUGUGCUUGCGGUUUCGUUAGUAAUUAAAAAGCCAUCGCAUCCUGGACGUGCCGCGCUCUUUGCGAUAUUCACCACUCAAAGCAAUGAUUUUGCUAUUGGAUAUCCGAUGAUUUAUGCUCUCUAUGGAAAAACUCAUCCAGAGUAUGCCGCGUAUCUGUAUCUGAUGGCACCCAUAUCACUGGCGAUUUUGAAUCCAAUUGGUUUUGUACUGCUGGAGAUUGGCAAGCGACGUGUCGAGGAGCACACAAAUUGCAAGGACAUGGUUUACUCCAUCGCCAAGGGUGUCGUGCUGAAUCCCGUGCUCUUUAUGACGGUCCUGGGCAUUGUAGGAAAUUUUAUCUUUAGUCACAGCGUGCCGCGUCUGCUCGCCUCGAUUCUCGAGGUGCUCGGCAAUGCUUUCUCCGCUAGCGCGUUGUUCCUUCUCGGCUUAAUGAUGGUAGGGAAGAUACACAAAUUGAAGGGUACAGCGCUGGUUAUACCGGGUAUACUGAUCUCGGUGAAACUGCUAGUCUUGCCUCUAGUCAUAAGGGAGUCCAUUAUUCUCCUGAACGCCGGCGAUAACGUCACGGAAACGAGAGAUUUAAGCACGUACGGAUUUCUGUACGGCACCAUCCCGACAGCACCGGCUCUGUUUAUUUUCACAUUACGAUACAAUCUCGAGAUCGACUUAAUUGCGUCAGCUAUGGUAGCCUGUACGUUUCUCUCCGCUCCACUUAUGUUUGUAUCGGCUAAAGUGAUCAAUGCGGUUUCCGCUGGAGUUACGCCAGCCAGUUAUACACGGCAACUUAAUAUCUUUUCCUUCGACAUAAGCGUUGCGUCAGCAGCGGCUUGUAUAUGGUUGUUGAUAUGUUUCCUUGGAUUCGGACGGAAAAGAUACAACCAAGUCACUCACCGAUGCACUCUGUGCCUUGUGAUUGCACAGCUUGCAAUAGCAAUAGGUGUGAUAAUAUGGUCAAAACUUGAUCCAAAUAAUAAUCAGACAACAUUAUGGUACGUCCAAUUUAUUUUAAUAACUACUGGCGUAUAUGCCAGCAGGAUAUGGACAGCUGCAAUUGCAGCGACAUUACUAUUUCUGAGUUCACGCUCGUUGUCUUUUGUUAAAAAUCUACAGAAAUGGUUUUAUCCACUUGGAUGGGGAGUACCACUUUUGAUGGUAAUAUUAACAUGCAUCACUGUUAGACUAAAUCCGUCUGAUCUUGAUUUUAAAAAUCCGAAUUUUCAAUUAGGCAGGACUCAAGCCGCUGUAUCUUCAUUCGUAUUAAUAUUCUGCUUUAUAGUGACAUUAGGUUGUUUGGUUUUACAACAGAGAUAUCAAAGAAGGCACAGUACAAUGUCAUACGAACAUUUAAGGAACAAUGCAGAAAAUCCUACAAUUGAAAAUAAUGAAAGAAGCAUAGUAGAUGUGGAAGACUUGGUAUCUCCAUUAACGAAUGCAACACCUAUAUUUGGCUGCGAAUUUCAAAAUGGUUGUCCAAAUGGAGCGUGCAGAGGUGGCGAAAAUAGAGAUAACUGUGAGGAAGAAAAUGAAACAAACUUAAAUGACGAUCCUCAGAUUUUGCGACAUCUUGUUUUUCUGAUUCUCCUGUUAUGCUCCAUGUUUAUUGGCUUAUCGAUAUCCGUGGGUACAUUAAUAAUGGAACAGUUAACUGGCAUUUAUGCCGAGCUUGCAUUCUUAGAUGUGACUUUGAACUUUGGACAAUCGUUAAUAGCGUUCGCUAUUUUUGGACUAGAUCCUAGCUUGGGUAAAUUGGGAUGUUGGCUGCGGAAAAUGUGGAGAAAAUGGCAAUUUGAAAAAGAAUUACAACUUCCUUGCGAGGAAGCUCUCAGUCCAGAAGUGAAAGAGAUUCGAGAACAAUUUAAUCGAUGUCAUUUAGACGCAUGUCGAGCACGCAUAUCCAUGUGCCGUAGGCGAUUAUUGAGGGUGUACAGAGGAGUCUUUUCGGGAACGGAUUUGGUCAACUGGUUGCUCGAAGUUGGCAUUGUGACUAGCCGGGAGGACGCCGUGCGUUAUGGUCGUUGCUUGUUGGAAAGCAGAGUCCUGCAACAUGUUGAUGGUACACAACACUUCUACGAUCAAAAUCUUCUAUAUACGUUUAAUGCAUAAUUUAAUUUCCGAAUAUUUUGAUGGAUUUUUUCGCUGAGUGAGACGAGAAUAAUUCCGUUCGUAUUUAUAUUUCAAAUAUUUGAGUGCAGAAGCAAAAAUAAUUGAAAUAUAAUUUGUAAUCGAAUCUCUGCGUUCCUUAUCCAUUUGGCCUACGCAAUUUUUUUAGUUUUAGUUUUUUAAAUAUAGAAUUUUAUAUAUAUUUUAAUGCGCAGAUUUAUGAAAUCAUGUCGGUGUGUAUCUAUAAAUUUUUUUCUUGCUUAUUUCCUUAACGAAAUAGACUGCAUAAUUUUUGUUUAUAGUGUCCAUAAGUUUUUCACUGAUCACUUAUAUUUUAUAUUUCUAUGUUAAGUAAUAUCAAAUAAUAAAAGAACCAAAGAAAAAUGCAAGAGAAAUGUUUAUAGAAGUUGAAUUGGUCAAGAGUAGGAGCGCUAUGAGUACAGAGGUUUGAUUAUAUGUGCAUAUGUUCAAAAUAAUUGUUUUUAAAAGUAAGCACACAAUAAAUUAGUGAGCGACUAAUUUUUAUUUGUAUAGUUAUAUUUAUGUGAUGCAAUUUAUAUAGAAGAUAUUCGAUUAUCUUGAUAAUUAUUUUUAUCGAUAAAAAUGGCAUCUUUUUGAAUAUUUACAUUAACAAAAUCCAUAAUUUACAUUGCACAGUAGUGAUAUAUUUUUAUUGAAGAACAGUAUCAGUAUUAGGUACAGUUUAACUUUUAACUCUGUAACUCUGUAUAAAAUGAGUAAAGGCUGUGUUUUAGUUUCUGAUCUCUGUAAUUUCAAUAUGCAGUUCAACAAAUGAAGAGUUGUAAUAUUAAAAGAAGCUAUUUUUAUACAGAUCUUAAUUAUUUAUUAUGACAUUUAAUCAAGAAUAUGAUUGUACGAAUAUGAUGAAAAUGAUUGAUUGAAUAACAAAGCCAAAGAUAACAUAAGACUGCGUUCAGGAAUUGACGGUAUAUUAUUUCAUCCUUUUUAUUCACCGAAUAUUAGACAAGGAUAAAAUGAUAUGUAGAUUCACCAGGUGAAGUUUUUGAACGCAGCCUAGAAAGUCUUUAAAUUGUCUUAUUGAUGCUAAUUAUAUCGAGCAAAUUAUAUAAGAAUUAUGUAAUGAAAUGUCUCGAAAUUUAUUAAAUCUAUUGUAAUUUCUAUUCAUAUGAUUUUUUUUAUAUUGAACUUUCUUGUUUAUCGUUUUAUUUAUUUAAAUAAAUCUGUUAAAAAUACUAUGUAAGCCGAUAAGUAAUAAAUACACGACAAUAUCAAAAGUG